CUCAAUUAUGAUCUCAAUAUGGCAGCACGUUUAAAAAUUUUUGCUGUAAACAGCUGUGCGUAGUGCGAAGUUAAAAUUAUGUUAAUGUGUUGCUAUUUAUAAGCUUUAUUUUUAUUUUUCAUAUUUGCUAUAUACCUAGUCUCACUGUGGAGUCUCCAAGAAGUCCGAGCUCCGAGAUGGCCGGCUACAUAAGCAGAUCCGUGUCGCUCAGCCCGAUCGAUCCAAAUCCUCCUAGUCUGCCUGGCCUCACCUCCAAUGGCACGAAACCAAGCAAUGGCAACUCUUCACCUAGGAUUACAGAUGUUUCAAGCUCUCCUUUGAAGAUUUUUGUUUUGGCAAAGAAGAAAAUCAACGACAUUUUUUCUGGUGUGAACAGUUAUGUUGAAGAGACUUAUUAUUUCUUAAAAACUUGUUCUGACAGUGAUGUUGUUGCAGAGCAGCAAAUUCAGGAAGUAUUUCAAUUGCAAGAUAAAAUCAAAGGAAUAAGAGAAGUACUUGCCAGGGACCACAUGAAAGUGGUAUUUUUUGGAAGGACCAGCAAUGGAAAAAGCUCUGUUAUCAAUGCCAUGCUACAGGAUAAAAUUCUUCCUAGUGGUCUAGGACACACAACCAACUGUUUCCUUCAAGUAGAGGGCUCUGACUCCGAAGCCUAUGUUCUCACUGAGGAUUCCUCCGAGCCUCAGAGCGUUCAGUCUGUUUCACAGUUAGCUCAUGCUCUUAACUCAGAAAAAUUUGGAGACAGCUCAUUAGUACAGAUAUUUUGGCCCAAAGAUCGCUGUCCUCUUUUGCGAGAUGAUGUUGUUUUAGUCGACAGUCCUGGCAUAGAUGUAUCGCCUAAUUUAGAUGAAUGGAUUGACAAACAUUGUGUUGAUGCUGAUGUUUUCGUUUUUGUUGCAAAUGCUGAGUCAACUUUAACAGUGACAGAGAAAAACUUCUUCCACAAAGUCAGUGAAAAGCUUUCAAAACCUAAUGUAUUUAUCUUAAACAAUAGAUGGGACGCUUCUGCUAGUGAUCCAGAAUAUACAGACAAAGUUCGCAAACAGCAUAUGGAUCGUAAUGUUAGUUUUCUGGUUGACGAACUCAAAGUUGUAAGCCGCACACAAGCCGAAAAUCGUGUGUUUUUUGUUUCUGCACGGGAGGCCUUAAAUGCCCGUCUUCAAAUGCAAAAAGGCAAACCACCUCAUACGGGAGCUAUUGCAGAAGGUUUUCAAGCCAGAUUUUUCGAAUUUCAAGAUUUUGAAAGAAAAUUUGAAGAAUGUCUGUCGAAAUCAGCCGUAAAAACAAAAUUUGAGCAGCACACACAAAGGGGCAAAACAGUAGCAUCUGAUUUACGCAAGCUUUUGGAUGCUGUUUAUGAGAAAGCCAUGCAUAUUAAGUCUGAAAAAAUGACUAUUCGAAAGGAGCAAUCAGACCGUUUAGAUUUUACUACUCAGCAGCUCAGUAUUUUGACGCAGGAAGUUAAGCAUCAAAUUUGUCACAUUGUUGAAUCUGUUGAACAGAAAGUUGCUGGAGCUUUAAGUGAAGAAAUUCGAAGGCUAAGUAUCCUGGUGGAUGAAUUUGAACGGCCAUUUCAUUCUGACAGCCUUGUUCUUAGUGUCUAUAAAAAAGAAAUUAAUUCUCAUGUAGAGCAAGGUUUAGGAAGCAACUUAAGAGGAAGAUUGUCUAGUCAAGUACAAAUGGCAGUAGAAAGUGCACAGAAAGAUAUGAUUGAACGGAUGUCUUCUCUAAUACCUCCAGAACAUAGACCGAAAAUGAUGAAUGUUCUACCUCGGCACACCUUUGAAGUAUUGUAUCGUCUGAACUGUGAUAGUUUGUGUUCUGAUUUCCAGGAAGACUUGGAAUUUAGAUUCUCACUGGGGUUAGUGAACAUGGUAAAAUGUUUCCUUGGCCCCAGUAGGUCUAAAAAAGUUCUUGGAAGAUCAGCAGAGUCUGUGCCCUGGCCUGUUCCAAGCACUCCUCAGACUCCUAGCAAUGAGGUGCAGGUGAUGUCACCUGCACCUGAAUAUUUUGCUUUAAUUCAAAGGCUUGCCCUUUCUUCACCAUCAUCCCAAACAGCGGUUGGACUUUUAGCAAUAGGGGGUUUUAUGAUGAGAGCAGUUGGUUGGCGAAUCAUAGUAGCCUCUGCAGCCAUCUACGGCCUACUGUAUGCCUAUGAGAGGCUAACGUGGACAAAUAAGGCCAAGGAGAGGGCUUUUAAGAAGCAAUAUGUUAACCAUACCACUAGAAAAUUGAGACUUAUUGUCGACCUCACUAGCGCUAAUUGCAGCCACCAAGUACAACAGGAACUUUCAAGCACUUUCGCUCGUCUAUGUCAUCUUGUGGAUGAAGUUGUGUCCGAUAUGCAGAAUGAGAUUGGAUUGUUGAAUCAAGAUACGCAGAAAUUAGAAGAAUCAGCUCUUGCAGCUCGAAAAUUGAGAAAUAAAGCUGAUUAUUUAUACAGUGAAUUGGAGACAUUUACAGAACAAUACCUACAAUAUGAUCAGUGAAGAAAAAAGUUUUUGGAAGAAAAAUAAAGGCUGUUAAAACUAGCUGUUAGAAUGCUGUUCUGAAAAAAAAAAGAAAAACUUAGAUUUUUAGCAACCAGCUUAUUUUUGUUCAUAAAUUAAAUCUUACCAAAACUCUAUCUUCAUCAAAAUGUUUAUUUUGGAAAAUAUUUUCUAUAUUGCUGAAAAGUUAUGUAUUGAUAAAUCUUUUUAUUCACAGAUACAACAGUUUGGGGGAAAUAUUGCUGGUUUUUGUUAAGUUGACCCAGGUAAAAUUCUGCAAAAAAAGCUGUUAGAUUUUUUUUCUUCUCCAAUUGGAAAAUCAGCUGCUUCAGAAUAUUCAGAACAGUAUACCUUUGCAUAUUGUGUAAAAUAUUAAAUAUGAAUACUUACCGGUUUUUGCUUAACUUACAAAUAUUUCAUUUUUAAAAAUAAUUAGUACCAUCUACUCUUUGCUUUUACCUAUUUUCAAAGUUGCCCUGUGGAAAUUUAUGUAUAUUUUUAACAUUGAUGAAAUUCUGCAGCAUUAUUACCCCAUUAGAUUACCCAUCCCUUUUUUUGCUACCCCAUCAUUACCCUUACCUGUUUAUAUCCAUGAGUUAUGAAAAGGUUGUGAUUUGUUUUUUUUUAAAUACCUUUGUAUAAAGAAUUGCAUUUAAAAAUUGAUUUAUAUAAGAUAAGCCAUAAGUACCUUUAUCGCUCUGUUUUAGUAAAACUUUACCUGCAAUAAUAAAAUAGUUUACAUUGAAUUUGGAAAAAUUUUUGGGAAGUUAACUUUUCUUUCUAUGGAAAUUGUUGCUAUAUGAUGCAAACAAGAAUAAUUCUAAGCCUACUUUACAUUACUAAAUUAAAUAUCUGCAGAUGGUUAACUAUAAAUUCUAAAAAUGUUCUUUUACUUUACAAUUGAUUGCAUUCAUUCACUUAGCAGAUCAAAUUUUGAAUCUCAUGUGAUAACGCAUAGUAUUUUAAAUUACCUUAUUAUUUGCAGGCAUCCCUCAUAUAACACGGUACUUCUACAACACAAUUUCGAUAUAACACGGUACGCAACGUGAAUUUAAUACUUUAUGAUUUUGAUAUUACACAAAUGUUAUCUUUAAAAAAGAUGGACUUUUGUUUUUGCUUAAUACAUUCUGUUAAUGGUUGAUAACUCUAAUAAGUUUUUAUUUUGUUUUUAUGAAACUUUGUUUCCAUAUAACACGGUACAUAUAACUUGAUUUACAUUAUUUCAGUCUUGUGUAACAUGGUUUCGAUACAACGCGAUACAUAUUGACAUGAUUUUUACUACGUACAUAAUUAAUUAGUGUAAAAAAUAAGUUUAAAAUUUAUUUUUGAAAAAGUCUCAUAUAACGCAGUUUCAAUACUACAUGGAACAAACUAACAGUGUUAUACGACAGAUGCCUGUAUGUGUUUGUCAUUUUACAACUAUACUAUAUUUUGCCACAUACUAGUAAAAGUUUAACUGCAUGAUAAGCUACUUUUUUGUAAAAACAAAGAAUUUUUUUUUCUAUUCAUUCUGAGAAGCAUUAUGGAAUAAAAAAUAAUUAUGUUGAAAGACAUUUUCCAAAUUGAUGCAAAUCAACCGAGAAAAUUUCUUUCUAUUUUACUGAAGAGACUUUGGCCGCUUGAAAAAAAUUUAUUUCCAAAAAAUAUUUCUAAUCUUUCUUCUUGGUCUAUGAGGUUUUCAUUUUUUUCUUGCUGUAAUGCGAAAUUGAUAAACCAUUAAUGCAAGUCAACAAAAUUGAAGUUGUCUUUUUUAAUAUAUUUUUUAUUUUAGAAAUAUAACAUUUGUGCGUAACAUAAGCAUCUAAAGCCAUUAGUUCACGAGCUCUCCAGUACUUUCUAACAAUGUGCUCAUAUUGGGAUAGCACAAUACAACUUUUUUUUAAAUAUAUAGUACUUCCUGAAAUGUAUAAUUAUUGAUAUUUUUUUGCCUACAUGGCAGGCGUCAAAAUGAGAAGUUAUUAUUUAUUCUCUUAGAGAAUCCAUCAGACUUUUAAAUUUAUCUUAUUUGUGUACUAUUUAUUCUUUCAACUGAUUUUUAAACAGAUUUUUCUUUCCUAGAACACUAAAAAACUGGAGUGAUUUUUUUUGAAUUGCUGAGAAUUUACUGUUUGUUUAGCUUACAUUAUACCUAAGUCUUAAUUCAAUAAUUUAUAGCCUUAGUUUGAUUUUCCAACACCUCUCAAUAUUGUUUAACUUGUUGGUUUUUUAGCUUAAGUUUGUCUUUCAAUUUAUCUUUAACUUGUUACAUUUUGUUGAUAUGAUGACUAGUCUUGUAAAUGUCGAUCAUGUAUAGUUGUUGAAUAUUUUAACUGGUUUAUAUCUCUAGCUGUACACAAAACCAAAAAAUAAUUAAAUGGCCAACUUAUGAUUGCAUUUUAUUAUAAUUAUAUGUUUUAAAUUUUAGGCAUCUAUUAAGUUAAUGUUUUAUUUCAAGAUAAAUUAUUUUUCUAUUUAUGUUGUAUUUAAACAAUCAGCUGUCCUAUAUUAAUUGGAAAAGGUUGCAAUAUUGUACAUUAUUUUAUUUUUAAAAAUCUGAUUAUUUUAAAUAUCACUGGUUAUUAUUUUAAGCAAAAGUUUUCAUGUGCUGAUUUUGAAAAAUUUAAAGUGAUUUUUUUUUUUUGCUUGAAAGUAUAUGAAGAUUAACAGCAUGUGUAUGUAAUUAAGUGUAGGA